CCAAUAUUUCCGGAAGAUAACCGACAUGAGUUCUUAUUCAUCAGCCGCGUUUCCCCCCACCCGAAUUUGACGAAAACGAAGUAACGUGUGUGUAAAUUACGCCUUCCCUGGAGCAGCUGCGCUUGACAAACGGCCCAAUGAUGGAACUGCGAAAAAAGUAGUUGAACUUCUUGGCUAACGAAUCUUCUUGUUCGCUCUUUCCAGCUAAAUCGAGGGCGACGAGAGGAAGCAACACUUGACUGAAGCGAGGAAACGGCAGCAGCAGUCUAUGAGACAGCAAAUCAUGAGAUUAACAGGCCCCAUGCGAGCUGUGGCAGUGCUUCUCCUGGUGGGACUCACGUGGCUGCUGGCAAGCACUUUGUUUGGAGGGGAAAGCGUGUCUUUUGUGCGCCAUUUCCUCAAUAGUGCAAGUCAGGAACCAACAGCUGCUGAAGUUCGACCACGGAGAUAUAAAUGUGGCCUUUCAGCGGCGUGCCCCCCCAAACAUCUGGCUUUCCGCCUGGUAUCUGGGGCUGCCAAUGUCAUUGGGCCCAAAAUCUGUCUGGAGGAUAAGAUGUUAAUAAGCAGCGUGAAGAACAACGUUGGCAGAGGAUUAAACAUCGCUUUGGUGAAUGGGGUCACAGGUGAACCUCUAGAAACAAAGACCUUUGACAUGUGGGCAGGAGAUGUUUCCGACCUAUUGAAAUAUCUGCGGCCACUACAUGAGGGAACGCUGGUGUUUGUGGCCUCCUUUGAUGAUCCUGCUACAAAGUUGAAUGCUGAGUCUCGGCGACUGUUUGAGGAGCUUGGGAGCACUGCUGUCAAGGAGCUAGCUUUUCGGGACAGCUGGGUGUUUGUUGGUGCCAAGGGCAUUGAGAAUAAGAGUCCAUUUGAGCAGCGGAUGAAGAACAGUAAGAGCAGCAACAAAUACGAAGGUUGGCCCGAGUCACUGGAGAUGGAUGGCUGUAUUCCCUUACGGCCGCCCGUGGAAGUUUAAUUCAGGCCUUUGCGGAAAGCAGUUUCAUUACACCAGAACAACCAACUGACAUACUGAUUGAUUGAAAGCCAAAGAGCUACUCUUUGACCACCCUGUUUAAGUCACACACAUGGAGAUCUUGGUCUUGGGACCUGAUAUAGAAAUGACUAAAUGUGGAAGUGGUUGUGAAAGAUUUUUUUUUUCUAGUAAUAUAAAAUCAAUCUAUAUGCAAUGUUGUAAAAGGGAAAUUUGAAGGGUGACUGAUGUAACAGUGAAGUUGGAGUCUGUCUUCCUUCAAGAGAAAGUGAUACUUCUCCCUGCCUGAAAGUUCAAACACACUCUAUAAAGUUGCACCACAUCCUCAAGUUCUUCACUUUUCAGCCGUUUCAUGAAGGGUAAACAUUUGCAGUUCUGCCGAAGUUCAAAAGUAAAUGCUGUGUUUUAUAUUAAAGUUGAAAUAGUUUGUUUAAUGCCAUGACAAAUAUUUAUAUAAAAUCGUAUGCAUAUACUAGAAGCAGCAGUUUGUUACAUUAGAAGAGGGGUGUCAAACUUUAUUUUUAUUUUAUUUUUUUGGUCUCGGGCCGAACCAGAGUAUUAGUAUAUUAGUACUCUGGCCAAACCAGAGUACUAAUAUUAGGAGUUACACUGGUAUAGUGGCAGUGAAACCAUAUAAAUGUUUACUCAUCACCAAAAAAAUCUUACCAUUACACAACAAAUUGAGGGAUAACUAGUUUUGAAAUCAGAAGACAAGGAUAAUGGUUUGUUCAAGUAUUGUUUAAGUUACUGUAGAAGAAGGGUUUGGUAACAGAAAAAUGCAAUAUCUCAAUAUUAUUGUUUAUUGUUUUGACAAUUUGGAAUUUGGGUACAGAUUUUAGCAAAAAUCACGGAAGUUGACGAGCAUGAUUUGCUUUCGCGGACCACAUAAAAUUAUGUGGCGGGCUGCAUCUGGCCCGGGGGCCUUGAGUUUGACACCUAUGCCUUAGAAAAUGACGUACAAAAUAUGCCAGUGUUUAUCGACAUUGCUUGUCAGUUUAGUCCAACAGUAUGCAAAACAGGAGCUUUGCUAUCUAGGUACCAUGUAAGACUGCUCAAGUUUUUAAUAAUAUCCAAUGCUGGUUGAUAUAUGUCCAGAGUGCUUUGUUGGAAAAUGUUGUGUGUAUGGUUGUAUGUUUGAUGUGAAUGAACUAUUUAAGUGCAUCAAAAUAAAAUUAUUAUCUUGA